GUUCCAUCAACAUCUUCAUCAACCCCAAAUUCCAUAACGAUACCCCUUGGCCUUAAACAACCUGCCUUCAGUCCAAUAAGAAGAUAUGGGGGCCAAGUCUAACAAGUCGCUUUACUUCGACAAGCUCAAGGGCUUGCUCGAGAAGUACACCUCCAUCUUCAUCGUCGAGAUCGACAAUGUCAGCUCUCAGCAGAUGCACGAGAUCCGACAUGCUCUCCGAAACAAGGGUGUUGUCCUCAUGGGCAAGAACACCAUGGUUCGCCGAGCCUUGAAGACCUUCGUCGCUGACUCCCCCGAGUACGAGCGUCUCCUUCCCCACGUCAAGGGUAACGUCGGUUUCGUUUUCACCAACGAGGACCUCAAGGAGGUUCGCGAUGUUAUCCUCGCCAACAAGGUCGCUGCUCCCGCUCGUGCCGGUGCUCUCGCCCCUGCCGACGUCUGGGUUCCUGCUGGAAACACCGGAAUGGAGCCCGGAAAGACCUCUUUCUUCCAGGCUCUCGGUGUCCCCACCAAGAUUGCCCGUGGUACCAUUGAAAUCACCACUGAUCUCAAGCUCGUUGAGGCCGGCUCCAAGGUCGGUCCCUCCGAGGCCACCCUCCUCAACAUGCUCAACAUCUCUCCCUUCACCUACGGUAUGGGUAUCUCUCAGGUCUACGACCAGGGCCAGACCUUCCCUCCCAGCGUCCUCGACGUCGGUGAGGAGCAGCUCCUCAAGACUCUGUCUCAGGCCAUUGCCACCAUUGCCACCAUCUCUCUGGCUCUGAACUUCCCUACCCUGCCUUCCGUCCUCCACUCCCUCGUCAACAGCUACAAGAAGGUUCUUGCUGUUGCCGUUGUCACCGAGGUCAGCUGGCCCGAGAUUGAGCAGCUCAAGGACCGCAUCGCCAACCCCGAUGCUUACGCCUCUGCUGCUCCCGCUGCUGCCGCUUCCGGCGGUGAUGCUCCCGCUGCUGAGGAGGCCAAGAAGGACGAGUCUGAGGAGGAGGAGGAUGAUGAGGGCUUCGGCGGUCUCUUCGACUAAAUGUAGCCACAUCUUAACGAUGUACGACUGCCUUCGAGGACUUCGGUUGGGUUUACGACUUAUGGAUCUGAAAAAAGGGGUACAUAGAUCGUCUGCUGGACAAUUGAAUCUGUCGCGACGGUUACAAAUCAAUCUGGACGCCUCUACAUGCCUGUGACAAGACUACUGCGAAACGACUAAUGCGACUCUACUACUCAUCGAGAGCUAUCACCGACCCAACAGUUUCAGUAGCUUUCAAGAUAUUUUAAUUCUAGAUGGUGUAAUUGUCGGCGUUGUCGCUUUCUA